UCUUGAGCAAAACCCUUGUUUUCUCUUCACAUUUUAUGUUAACAAUCUUCCCAUGCAAUGCAUGUAUAUAUAUAUGUAGCAUAUCAACCAUUUCCUUGCUAACCCCAUCAAGCAUAUUCACCAAAAAUCAUGUCCAGCAUUUUCAAAUUCAUAGUCCCAAUUGUGCUUAUUCUGGCCAACUUGUUACAAAUUUCAUUCUCUUCUGUUGUUUCCACUGGAGAUUUUAAUCAAGACUUCUUUGUAACAUGGGCUCCAAGCCAUGUAAAUACUUCUGCUGAUGGCAGGACAAGAAGCUUGAAGCUUGACCAGGAAUCUGGAUCCGGAUUCGCUUCGAACCACAUGUUCUUGUUUGGGCAGAUUGAUAUGCAAAUCAAACUAGUUCCAGGCCAUUCAGCAGGCACAGUUGUGGCAUUUUAUUUGACAUCAGAUCAACCAAAUCGUGAUGAGAUAGAUUUGGAGUUUCUUGGGAAUGUGAGUGGGCAGCCAUAUAUUCUUCAAACCAAUGUUUUUGCUGAUGGGUUUGAUGAUCGCGAAGAAAGGAUUUAUCUUUGGUUUGAUCCUACAAAAGACUUCCAUACUUACUCUGUCUUGUGGAACCUUCACCAAAUUGUGUUUAUGGCGGAUUGGAUUCCAAUAAGAGUAUACAGAAACCAUGCAGACAAAGGAGUAGCAUAUCCUAGGCGGCAGCCAAUGGGCAUAAAAAUAAGCCUAUGGAAUGGUGACAACUGGGCAACAAGAGGUGGAAAAGACAAAGUGGAUUGGUCAAAAGGUCCAUUCAUAGCUUCAUUCAGGAAUUACAAAAUUGAUGCUUGCGUUUGGAAUGGAAAUCCAAGGUUUUGCAGAGCAGAAAGCUCCACAAAUUGGUGGAAUAAGCAGAGAUAUAACACUCUUACAUCUACGCAGAGAAGGUGGUUCAAAUGGGUUAGGUUGCACCAUAUGAUUUAUGACUAUUGCCAAGACUACAAGAGAUUCCAAAACAACCUUCCUAAAGAGUGUCUCCUCCCUAAAUAUUAAUUGUCUAAAGUGGCAUUUUUAUUUCUUUAAAUUUUAGUUAUAUUGAUACUAAUACAUUGUUGGCUUCAUAAUUAUUUGAACAAUUUUCGAGCUAUAUUAAUAAAAUAUUUCCCCUUUUCUUUUC